UCUGUAGCAAUUUCUGGCCUGACUUGCAAUUGUGAAUAUGAGCUGCUCGCGGUCGGAUCAAAAUACUCCGGAGCGGUUGAAAUGAAGAUUCGGAGUUGCAAGUGACUGAAAUGGGACACCUGGUGCUUGGGCGCCAUUUCUUGCUUGCCCAAAACGGGCCGAUGAAACGUGGGCCAAACUCCAGGAAGUUAGAACCAGGCGAAUUCGACCACAAAUCUCGACUCUCAAUUUACUUCCAACGUCAGGUAUGUGAAGUAACGAGAAAUUAAGAUGGCAGAUACGACACGAACUGCGACUCACUCGGCUGAGACUGCCACGCGACGGCAGACUGCCACGCGACGGCGGGCUGUAACUUCAAAAGGGGCAGAGACUAGAUCACUGGAUCUACGGCUAGCGGAGGCUCGGCCUCGCGCCGUUCAACUCGUUCUCUGGCGCGACUUGCCAACCUGGCAGCAAGAGGGUAGUGGCCAUAUCGAGACCGGAUACAGGCCCGCAUCGGAAUCGCUGCUGGAUUGCCUCAACAGCUGGCGGUAUCUGCACAACGAGACAGUCAACAUCUUCUCCCACGCCGUCGGCGCCCUCGUCUUCCUGGCCCUGCCCAUAUACAUCUUCAGCGCCUCGUCAACAACCCCGCCGCGCGAUGCCGUGGCCACGCCUGCCGACAAGAUUGUGUGCAGCAUCUACUUUGUCGGCGUGGCCGUGUGCUUUGCUUUUUCAGCUGCGUUCCACACAUUCAUGCACCACAGCCCGUCGGCCCUCCACGCCGGCCAGCGCCUCGACUUCUACGGCAUAAUCCUGCUGAUGUGGGGCGCCAACAUUCCCCUAGUCUACUACAGCUUCGCGUGCGCGCCGGCGCUGCAGGCGCGCUACUGGGCGCUGACGACGGUGAUGGCGGGCCUGUGCGGCGCGGCGACGGGGCGGGCGGCCUUCCACUCCCCAACACCACCAAUAUCAUCACCUCAGCUAGACAAAGGAGUGGUUCUAGAACAGCACGGCACGGCGGUGCUGCGGGCAGCCACGUUCGGGCUGCUAGGCGUCGCGUCGACGUUUCUGCCCGUCGCGCACGGGGUACUGACACACGGGGCGGCAAACCACAGCGAGCGCGUCGGCCUACCGUGGGUGCUCGCAACGCUGGUGUUCAAUGUGGCGGGCGCGGGCGCGUACGCCGCGCGGGUGCCCGAGCGCUGGUGGCCGCGGCGGUUCGAUGUGCUCGGGGCGAGCCACCAGGUCAUGCAUAUCGCAAUUUUGGUGGCCGGGCUGUGCUAUGGCGCCGGCGUGGUCGCGUCGUUUGAUUACUUUCAUGCGCAUCCUGAGCAGUGCGGUGCGUGGGCGUGACGGUGGUUAUGUUGUUGUGAUGGGGAGGCGGGCUGGAUUUGUGUGGAUCACAGGAGGUGGAGAGAUGCUAUCUGGUAGCGGUGAUGAGGCUUGAUAUGGAAGUUUUAGUCUAAACCCUGAAUGUUUGUCGGCGAGGGACUUUCUAAGAUCUAAUGCGCCUCAAUAUCCUACGACUCG